CCGCCCCUCGCGGUGACGUCACGUCCCCAGGAUGCGCUCUGUAGGCAGCCGGUUAGGUAGAGUCAUCACUGAGCGGUAUCACAGGAAGCGGCGGCUCUUCUAGAUCGUACCUGCGCUCACCGCCACCAUGUCCGGGGAGAUGACUAUACUGGGUUCUGCUAUUUUGACUCUCCUCUUGGCGGGUUACCUGGCACAGCAGUAUUUACCUUUGCCUACUCCGAAGGUGAUUGGCAUAGACCUUGGAACGACCUACUGCUCGGUUGGAGUAUUUCAUCCUGGCACAGGAGAAGUGAAAGUAAUUGCAGAUAGCAGCGGGCAUCAGAGUAUACCGAGCAUGGUGUCCUUCACUGAGGACGAUGUACAUGCCGGGUACGAGGCCCUGGAGCUCGCCGACGCCAAUCCACAGAACACCAUAUAUGACGCCAAGAGAUUUAUCGGAAAAAUCUUUACCCCCGAGGAGUUAGAAAGAGAAAGUGAUAGGUAUCCAUUUAAGGUUCUCUACAAGGAUGGAGAAGCUUUGUAUUCUAUCAAGACCAAUGAGACCUUUACAGUGACCUCUGAAUACAUCGGCUCUCAGCUACUUCUAAAGCUGAAGAAGAUGGCGGAGGAGUAUCUUGGCCUUCCUGUCUCUAAGGCCGUCAUUUCAGUGCCGGCAGAGUUUGAUGAAAGACAACGAAACUACACUGUUAAGGCGGCUAAUCUUGCAGGUCUAGAUAUUUUGAGGAUCAUUAAUGAGCCCACCGCAGCAGCCAUGGCCUAUGGGUUACAUAAGGCUGAAGUGUUCAAUGUCCUGGUGGUGGAUUUAGGAGGAGGAACGUUGGAUGUUUCUCUGCUGAAUAAGCAAGGUGGAAUGUUUCUUACAAGAGCCAUGGCAGGUAACAAUAAACUCGGUGGACAGGACUUCAAUCAGAGACUCAUGCAGUAUUUAUAUGACAGUAUUUAUACUACCUACGGGUCCCCGCCCCUCCUUAAAGAAGAAAUCCACAGACUCAGACAGUCUGUGGAAGCCGUCAAGCUGAACCUCACAUUGUUCAAUUCCUCCCUAGUCCGUAUGCCGUUGACCUUACCCGUACGACAACCUAGUAAAACAGAAGAGGAGGAACCAAAGGAGCCUCCUCCCAAAGAGCAAGCCCCUGUACCUGAGCAGGCUGGCCACAGUAAGAUGGAACUGGUCCAUUUUGAAGCUGAAAUUUCCCGGAAGCUCUUUGAGCACUUGAAUGAGGACCUUUUCCAGAAGAUCUUGGUGCCCAUUGAACGGGUAUUAAAGGAAGGACACCUUCAAAAGGACGAAGUGGAUGAAAUUGUCCUGGUCGGUGGCUCCACCCGAAUACCCCGCAUACGCCAAGUCAUCAGGGAAUAUUUUAGCAAAGAACCGAAUACGUCUGUAGACCCGGAUUUGGCUGUAGUCACAGGAGUGGCGAUACAAGCGGGGAUUGUGGGGGGAUCCUGGCCUCUACAAGUCAGUGCAAUAGAAAUACCCAACAGACAUUUAAGAAAAACUAACUUUCUCUAAAAACCUUUUUGUACUGGUUCCAGUAUGUAUUUAAAGGCAACGUCAAAGUCAACUCUUUAUCUUAUUUUCCUGCCCUCGAAAGAUUAUUUAUUUUUUUAUGUUAUAUAUUAUAUAUAACUUACACUUCAGUCACUAUGAUACAAUUUGUAUCCACUUUCCAAUGAAAUGUUGGAUUUCAGCAUGGCUGGGGAUGAGGAAGAGAAGCAGCUGCCAGAGGGCAGUGUUUGUCAACCAGGGUGCCUCCAGCUGUUGCAAAAUUGCAACUCCCAGCAUGCCCGGACAGCCGUUGGCUGUCCGGGCAUGCUGGGAGUUGUAGUUUUGCAACAGCUGGAGGCACCCUGGUUGACAAACACUGGUAUAGGGGGCUGGGAAGGAAUAAAUGUUGGCCAAACAAAGGUCCAGCUGAUGGCUAUCUACUUGAAUUUAGCUGUAAGGUUUACAG